CGGAAGUAGCUUGAUCAUCGCAUUCUUUCAAAGAUGGCUCUUGCUAGUGUUUUAAGUAGUGAUUGUGAGGAUUUUUCAUUCGAUUAUCGUCAGCCUUUCGCUGUUGGUUGUGGUCCUGGACAGAACGGUGUAGAACUUGAGGCUGCUCCGGGGGAAUGUCUUAGUUUUUCUGUAAAAAACCCGCUGCUCCCCGGAGACGAUGACGGGGUUGAGAGGAAAAUAGAGUUUCUGCAUGGGACAACAACCUUAGCAUUUAAAUUCCAACAUGGAGUCAUUGUUGCAGUGGACUCUCGGGCCACAGCGGGUUCCUACAUCGCCUCCCAAACGGUCAAGAAGGUGAUUGAGAUCAACCCGUACCUGCUGGGCACCAUGGCCGGAGGAGCUGCCGACUGCAGCUUCUGGGAGCGCCUGCUGGCCCGUCAGUGCCGCAUCUAUGAGCUUCGCAAUAAGGAGCGCAUCUCAGUGGCAGCCGCCUCCAAGCUGCUGGCUAACAUGGUGUAUCAGUAUAAGGGCAUGGGCCUCAGCAUGGGCACCAUGGUGUGUGGCUGGGACAAGAGAGGCCCAGGGUUGUACUACGUCGACUCUGAGGGAAACCGGGUGUGCGGCGACAUGUUUGCGGUGGGCUCUGGCUCCAUGUACGCCUACGGUGUGAUGGACAGCGGCGUGCGGCACGAGCUGACCGUGGAGGAGGCCUGCGAGCUGGGCCGUCGCGCCAUCUACCAGGCGACGUACCGCGACGCCUACAGYGGAGGCCAGGUCAACUUGUACCAUGUCCACAGCGAGGGCUGGACCAGGAUCUCCCAGGACGACGUGCUCAUGCUGCAUCAGCAAUACAAGGGGCAAGCGUAGUUGAACAAAAGUGGUUUUUUUUCUAAUAUCUGAUGUUUAGACCUUUCUAAAAUAACAUUAACACGUAAUAAAAACGGACUCAUCUGCACAUCUCCCAGUUUCAUCACCUCUCAGUUGUUCUUGUCUUUAAGCUUCGUAUUGUACUUUUUUCUACAAUGUCGGCGAACUCCACUCAGCUCACACAGCUUGAUUCGAGGGGCUACAGAGAGGGCGUCGGUGAUUCAAACAUGCUUUAAUAAAGUGUGGGAGUAGUGUGGUGCUUUGCCCUACAUACCAUUCAUUUCCAAUCACACCCUUGAAAACUACAUCCUCUUCCACAAUAAAACCUGUUUUUGUCAA